AUGUCCACCGAAAAGCCAAUUAUUUUUGCUCCAGAGACUUACCAGUACACCAAAUCUUCUCUCAACGAGAAAGAUCUUGCAUCUAGCCCAAUAGCUCAGUUCCAUACGUGGUUCGAUGAGGCACGGAAAGCGUUACCCAAGGAUUCUGACAUAAUUCCAGAAGCUACCACAUUUUCUACUGCCAGAUUACCAUCCGGUAGAGUUUCAUCCAGAGUCGUUCUUUUCAAAGAAUUAGACACUCACGGGUUUAUCGUAUAUUCCAACUGGGAUCAAAGUAAAAAAGCCAAAGAUUAUGAACUGAACAAGUUUGCAUCUCUUACAUUUUUCUGGCCACAUAUACAGCGUCAAGUCAGAGUUGAAGGUAUUAUGGAAAAGGUAAACAUUGAAACUUCAGCCAGAUACUUUGCUACUAGACCCCGUGGUUCAAAAAUUGGUGCAUGGUCUUCCCCACAGUCUCAGGUGAUCGACAGCAGAGAAGACUUAAAUGAAAUUUACGAAAAGAAUGAAACAAAAUUUGCAAAUGUGGAUGAUGCUGAGAUCCCCUGCCCGGAGUAUUGGGGUGGUGUUAGAAUAGUACCAUUAGAAGUGGAAUUCUGGCAAGGUGGGAUGAGUAGAUUGCACGAUAGAUUGUGCUUCAGAAGAGAGAACAUAGAAGAUGAUUGGAACGUUGUCAGAAUUGCACCAUAG